AUGAAAAGUACGCCUAUUACGAUAUUAACAAGUCAAUUAAAAUUAAAUGCAUAUCAUUCAUUCUUCGAUAAGUGGUGUCUGAAUGAUAUUGAAUGCAAUACAGGAUCGAAUUGUCUUGAUUGGCGUUAUGUAUGUGAUGGUAUUCAACAUUGUCAAUAUGGUGAGGACGAAUUUGAAUGUGAACUUUUAGAAGUAAAUGAGUGUGAUGUGAAUGAGUAUCGAUGCCGUAAUGGCAUGUGUAUUCCACAAGAAUGGUUUUUCGAUUCAAUAUUUGAUUGUCAGGAUGGGUCGGACGAACAACGACUUGAACGAUUGAUGAACGCCACGAACAAAUGUCGACUUUUUCCAUACAGGUCCGAUUGCGCUGAACGUUUGUGUAGUAGUCAGCAAUCAUUCUCAUGUGGUGAUGGUGCAUGUCUCAGAUGGCAACACAUUGAUGAUCAACAAGAUGGAUGUGCUAAUUAUCGAGAUCUCUUUCAUCGUUGUGAAAUGAAAGCAGUGAACAAAUUGUCAACAACAGAAAAUGAUGGAUCUUGUUUACUCAGUUCUUUGAUUCAUAAGAAUUUAACGGAAGAUAAUCAGUGCACAUCGGCCUUUCGACGAUUAUUGACAGGACAAGAGAAAAAUAUUCAACCGUUUCAAAAGUAUUGUACCUUGGAUUUCGACUUUCCGCGACAUUCUUUCAUAUCAGCUAAUGUUCAAACUCGUUAUAACAAAAAUAUCGUUGCAUCGUCUAUUAUUAAUCGAACUUAUACUUAUAUUCUCAAUGAAACGUAUCGACGAGCACAAUAUUACUGUUUUAACGGAUCUCUUACCUGUAAUAAAAUAGUUGUCAGACUGGAUCAAUCUUUCUGUUUAUCAUCCAUCGAUAUACUCUCUAAAUACAAUCAAUGGCCAUUCCAUUAUAUUGCAUGCUCAAAAACUUUUGCAAGUCUGCCAACAUCACACUCAAGAACUUCACACGGUUUAUGGCGAUGUAAAUCGAACGAACGUGUCAUUAGCCAAUGGCGUAUCAAUGAUGGCCAUAUUGAUUGUUUUAAUGGAGAAGAUGAAUUAAUGUUGAUGAGCGAAAGUAUAAAUCGACGUUAUCGUUAUCGAUGUUCAUCAUCAAUACCGAUACAAUAUGUAAGUACAAAUCAACUUGGUGAUGGAGAACGAAAUUGUCAAGACGGAUCUGACGAAAUAUCGCCGUUUUUUAACUGGAAUUCUCAGCAAUGUCUAGAAGGUGAUUUGCACAUAUGUGAAAUCUUGCGCAGUGACGAAAAAAUUCGCACAGUUCGUGUGCGAUUUCAUCACUAUUGUAAUUCAAUCUGGGAUACAUGGGAUGGUAGCGACGAAAAAAAUUGUACAAAUUGGAUUUGUGCAAAGAAAUAUAUUCAAUGCAAUAAAACUGGUCAAUGUAUUAAAUCAGAAUGGCGUUGUGACGGUGAAUGGGAUUGUUCCAAUGGUGAGGAUGAACUUAACUGUCCUAAUAAUCAACCACGUUUUCUAUUGGAAAGCAAAUGUAAUGAUACCAAGGAGUUUUUCUGUAUAACGUUCGAUUUUAUACUCGAUCCUGAGAAUACUCGUCCUUGUAUUGAUUAUUCUCAAUCAGGUGAUAAUAAGGACGAUUGUCUAGGUGGUCGAGAUGAACGAAACACUUUUUGGUGUAAAGACGACAAUAAAAUGUUGGGAGAUCGAUUUCGAUGUUUGAAUGGUUCUUGUUUAAUGGCAAAUCGUGUUUGUGAUGGAAUUAAAGACUGUGAGGAAGGUACUGAUGAGCAAGUGUGUUAUUGGAUAUAUUUAUCAAAUCGUACGAAUUCAAUUUGUCAUUUUUCGAAAUUUCCGUGUUUAGAUGGUACAUGCAUUGAAGCAUCUAAUUGUCAAAUGCGACAUAAGUGUUCACAUAAUGAACAUUUAUUCUGGUGUCCUAGGUCGAAUGUGUAUCGAGCAACUAAGAAAUCUUCAUCAAACUACGUUGACUUUUGUAUGGGCUCAAAGUCAGAACCAACUCGUUCGACAACAGGAACAACCGAUAAAAUAGACAUGGGAUUGAGUUUAAACUCAGUAAGAAAUGCAAAAGCGAAGUUCUCAUCGUUGAUAUGUAAUCAUGGUCUUAUUAUAGAAACACACACAUUGAACGGUGAAACAAUAUCAUGUUUCUGUCCACCGAAUCAUUAUGGGGAUAGAUGUCAAUAUUUUAGUAGAAGAAUACCUCUUCGAAUUAGUCUUGAUCGUUUACAUCGAACAGAUUUAACUGAAGUAUUGCAUAUAUAUGCAUUUCUUAUUUGUAAUCAAAGUCGAAUUGUUGAUUACACACAAUUUAUUGAUCCGGUUCAAAAUUCUAAAAUAAAGCACGAUCGAUAUUUACUUUAUUCUCGACCGAAGCUUUCUUGUCAUUACAGUGUUCGAUUUGAAGCAUUUCAAUCCAGCGUAUCGAAUGUUGAUUUGUUAUUGGUUUGGGAAUAUCCAAUGUUUCUCGAUUUUCUUCCAUCUCAGCGUUUAGCGAAAAUUCUUCGUUUUCCUUUAAUAGAAAAUUCUCUCAUUCCUUUUGCCUGUACACAUUCUAUUUGCCAACAUAAUGGAACAUGUCAUGUAAUUAUUAACAAACAAGAGACUAGUGAAAGCUACUGCGAAUGUUCAUCCGAAUUCUACGGACGUUUUUGCGAGAAUCGUCUUAUCUCGACACCUUGUCCAUGUUCACCACCAGCAAAAUGUCGUAGUUUUAACAAUGAAAUAGCCGACAAAGAACAAGAUUGGUUUUGCAUCUGUCCAGAAGGUUUUCUUCCUCCAUUUUGUAAGGUAAAAAAUCCAGUUUGUCAAUCAAAUCCAUGUAUGCAUAAUGGAACUUGUUAUGCUCAUAGUGAAGUUGGUUAUUACACAUGUAUUUGUGAUAAACAUUAUCAUGGUGCACGUUGUCAAAUGGUUUCUACCUCAAUCAUAUUAUAUAUGAAUAGCGAAACGGAUUUAUUAUCAAACUUGGAAGAUACAUUUUUAUUACAAUUAUUUGGAGUUCGUCAAGGUUUUACUAUUUUACGACAACAGAGUUUAGCGCAUCGAUAUGAAUUACCAUUAAAAAUAUUUUUUAAUUCUCAAAAUGCACUUACUGAGCUUGGUUUGAUACACUUUUUUCAACGGGAAAUAUCCAGUGUCACAUCGAAGUUAUAUUUGCUUUAUGCUAAUUGUUCAAGUGAAACAAGUUCACAAUUUGCGAUGAAUAUUUUAGAUUCUGUCAAUUGUAUAAACUUAAUGAAAACCGAGAAAAACAAUGUUAACGUUGAACUAUUUCAUGCAUUCUGUCGUAACAGUUCGAAUGUUGAAUGUUUCUAUACAAAUGAUUAUUUUUGUCGAUGUGAUCAAAAUUUGACUCGUGCCGAAUGUGUUUCAUUCCAUCUAGAUUUGAGUGAAUGUAUUGAAAAGAGUAUAUGUUUAAAUCAAGGUCAAUGCGUACAUGGUGAUCGCCUUAACAAAACUGAUUUUGCGUGUAUAUGUCCAUUAUGUUCUAGUGGGAAAUUAUGUCAAUAUGCUUUUGGUCGAUUUACGGUUACCCUUGAGACGCUACUUGUUUCUGUUCGUUUAUCAUUUAUUACUAUAACUCGAUCUUUGUCAAUCGUUCGUCCAAGAUCGUACUUGUCUUUUCACAGUGAAUGA